AUGGCUGAUGUGUCCAAGGAUACGGCUGCAGCGGCUGAGAACGCUGCGCCAGAAACCUCGACCCCCGAGGCCAAUGGCGCUGCUCCAGCGCCGGUUGUGGACGAUGGGGUGGAGCCAAAUCCAGAAGAUGCGAUGUUUCUGUUGAAUAUUAUCUUGCCCCAUGCCCCGGGCAAGGUCAACAUCAUGGUCUCUCCCCAUGAGCAAGUCCACGAAGUUCGACAGUCCAUUAUCGAGCUACCAGCAGCUCUGCAGUACUCUUGCUUCCACCUCGAGCACAACGGCGAAAGGAUCAACGACUUCAUAGCCAUCAACGAGAUCAAUGGCAUCGGCCCCGAUGCUGAAAUCCACCUUGUUGAGGACCCAUACACUGAGAAGGAGGCGAGGAUACAUCUCAUCAGGGUUCGUGAACUCAUUGGUGCGUCGGGUGACCGCACCGAUACUAUACAAGGCGUUCUUGCUGGAGCCUCGCUUUACGAAAAAGUUGCCGCAGAAGCUGGGGACACAGCGGACAAGGCGAACCAGGAGCGAGCCGCCGUCGAGGAGUACGACUUUAAUGUUGUUCCUCCAGUGUCGACCUUGCUACCGGCAGAGCAAGAUCCCGCCCCCAAGACCGUGAAGGCUAUCCAACUUUCAACCUGGAACCCACCUCCCGCCCACCUCCGUCAAAAAGGACACUUGCUCUACCUGAUUGUGACAACCAACGAGGGUGAACAGUUCCAGAUCACGGCGCACGUUGGGGGCUUCUUUGUCAACAAGUCAUCCAAUGCAAAGUUCGACCCGUUGCCCCGCUUGGCGCCAAAGGGUGCGUCUGCGCACUCUCUUUUGGCCCUCAUUGGCGACAUUUCCCCAUCGUUUGCCGCCUCGUUCGCACAGCUACAGGAGCACAACAACCGCCGGGAACCCCUGGCAACCUUCCAGAUCACCAAUGCUAUUCCCUCCGCGCCAUGGGUGGUACCGUCAUCAGCUUCCCCACUCUGCGCUCACCAACCCGAUAUCACGAGGACACAGGAGUCCUACCUCAUCGCCGGCGUGGAGAACACCGACACUCUACGGGACUGGAACGAGGAGUUUCAGUCGGCCAAAGAGCUGCCCAAGGAAAAUGUCCAGGACCGUGUUUUCAGGGAGCGUUUGCUGGCGAAACUCUACGCAGAUUACAACGAUGCUGCAGCAAGGGGAGCUGUCCAGGUGGCUCGGGGCGAGGUAGCCCCUCUCAACCCUACUGAGGCACGGGAUGCUCAGAUUUAUGUGUACAACAACGUAUUCUUCUCCUUUGGUGCUGAUGGAGUGGGCACCUUCACCUCUGAGGGUGGCGACGAGGCAGCACGUGUUGCUACGGGCAAGGACGUGGCCGGUGUCAAGGUUGUGAACCAACUGGAUAUUGAGGGCCUUUACACCCCCGGAACCGUGGUCGUGGACUACCUCGGCAAGCGCAUUGUUGGUCAAAGCAUUGUUCCGGGUAUUUUCAAGCAGCGAGAACCUGGUGAGAACCAGAUCGACUACGGUGCUGUCGAUGGCAAGGAUGUUGUGGCAGCGAACGAGAAGUUUACUUCCGUUUUCGAGAAGCUCUCUCAGGCCAUGAAGGUCAAGAAACAUGCUGUCUGGGACAAGGAUGGCAAGCGAUUUGACCUGGAGGCCAGUGUCGAGACGAAGGGCCUCCUCGGAACUGAUGGCCGGAAAUACGUGCUGGAUCUUUACCGUAUCACCCCGUUGGAUAUCGCCUGGUUGGAGGAGACCGCUGCCGAGGAGGAGACCAAUCCCUACCCGCAUCGCAUGACGGUCCUGCGAGGAGAACUCGUUGAGCUUGUCCACCGCCAUAAGAUGCGCGAGUGGGUUAAUGCCGAGAUCGCAAGGCGUGCCGAUGCCAAAAAGGACGCGAAGGCCUUGGAACAGUCUUCCGAGGAUAAGAAGGAUGAGGAUAAGAAGGAUGAAAAGGCCGAAGACAAGACGGUGGAGAAGGCUGAGAAGACCGAGGAGGCCACGGCAAGCCAAGAGCAAGAAGACCGAAUCGACGUCAACAACUUCAAGUUCGCUCUCAACCCUGAUGUCUUCAGUGGGCAAGAGGCCCAGACUGAUGCCGAAAAGGAAGAGCUGGCCACCGACGAGCAAGAAGUUCGAUCAGCUUGUGCCUAUCUUCGGGACACGGCUAUCCCUGAGUUGCUGAAUGACCUGAAGGAAUCCGACAUCAGCUUCCCAAUGGACGGCACGUCACUACGCAAUCUGCUUCACAAGCGCGGCAUCAACAUGCGGUACUUGGGCAAGAUUGCAUCCCAGAGCGAGGGCUCGCGGCUGCAGUGCCUGCGUGACGUCUGCGUUCGAGACAUGAUUGUGAGGUCCUUCAAGCACGUCGCUGCGAAGUACCUCAGAUAUCUGCCACUGCCCCUUACCUCCACCUGCAUUGCGCAUCUGCUUAACUGCUUCCUGGGCGUUGGCCUGAACCCUAAGCCAUCUGCCGACAUCGACCAGUCCUUGCGAUCCCUCUACAGCGAUGCAGACCUUUCAUUCGAGACUGUCACCCCUGAGAGCCUGAGGAAGGCUGUCGAGCUUGAGGCGUCUCGAAGGUUCAGAUUCCAGCUCGAUGCUGAGUGGCACGCACAGCUCAGCCAAGUCCAAGUGUUGCGCGAGAUCUGCUUGAAGCUCGGUCUCCAAGUGCAGUCCAAAGAGUACGCCUUCACUGCAGCGUCGGUACCAGAACCCGUUGCUGCCGAAACUCCACCAUUGAAUGGCAACGGUGAAAGCAAGAAGAAGAAGAAGAAGGCACGUGAGGGCUCACCAGCCUCUAUCGCCUCCUCGACCACCGUGCCCCACACGUUCACGACUGACGACAUCGUCAACGUUGUGCCUAUUGUCAAGGACUCUGCACCACGCAGCUCACUGGCUGAGGAAGCUCUGGAGGCAGGAAGAAUUUCCAUUGCGCAAAACCAAAGGAAACUUGGCCAAGAGCUCCUGCUCGAGUCACUAUCUCUGCAUGAGCAGAUCCACGGCAUACUGCACCCAGAGGUGGCGCGCGUGUACCACCAACUCUCCAUGCUUUACUUCCAACUGGACGAGAAGGAGGCCGCUGUCGAACUUGCUCGCAAGGCCAUCAUGGUUGCAGAAAGGACCGUCGGUAUCGACGCGCAGGAGACACUCCUCGAUUACCUUAACCUCAGCCUGUUCCUGCACCAGCUAGGCGACAGCCGCAGCGCCCUCGAGUACGCCAAGCACGCGCUGCAACUGUGGAAGAUCAUUUACGGACCCGAUCACCCGGACACCAUCACGACCAUCAACAACGCGGCCGUGAUGCUGCAGCACCUCAAGGCGUACCACGAGUCGCGCCGCUGGUUCGAGGAGUCGCUACGUAUCUGCGACAAGGUCUUUGGCAAGCAGUCCAUCAACAGCGCCACGCUUCUGUUCCAGCUCGCGCAGGCCCUGGCGCUGGACCAAGACUCCAAGGGCGCUGUCAACCGCAUGCGCGAGAGCUACAACAUCUUCCUACAGGAACUGGGCCCAGAGGACAAGAACACCAAGGAGGCCGAGAGCUGGCUCGAGCAGCUGACGCAGAACGCCGUGUCCAUCGCCAAGCACGAGAAGGACGUCCAGGCUCGCCGCCUGCGCGCCGGCAUCCGCUUCACACCGCGCAACCUGUCCUCAGGCGUCCGCUCCGGUGUCGCGGGCGGCGCCGCCUCCGCACCCGCCGCCGGCGUGGCCAGCCACGAGGUCCAGGGCAAGCCAUCGCUGGACGCCCGCAACAUCGACGAGCUCAUCAAGUUCAUCGAGGGCGGCGCCCCCAAGAAGUCCAAGCCCGGCAAGAAGACCGCCGGCGGCGCGGGCCGCAGCAAGAACCCCAAGAGCCGGCGCGGUGGCGCCCAAGUCCCGACUACGGCUUAG